UGCAGGGAGGGAGGGAGGGACUGGCUUGUCGAUGUGACUGGUUGAGAAUGCAGUGUUUAACAAAAGGUGUUUUCACAGACUGUAAAACCAAGUGCCCUAGACAGGAAUCACAGCAGAGAUGGUGCCAAGGCACCGGUCCCUGCCAGGGAGAAAUUGUAACAGCGCUUUUAGAGAAAAUGCUUUUGCAGAGUUAAUCCUCAAUGAGACGACUACCCUAAACCACAAGGUCACUGGCAGUGAAGUAUUAUACACCAUAUUAUAAACCGUUUAGCUCCCCUGAGGGAGCUUAGCGAGAAAAAAACAUAAUUAUAAUCAUAACCCACACCCUGUUAAUUGUUUACAAUAUAUUACGGUAACUAAUCAAUUGCCUAUUUAUAUAUUUGCACUCUUUGGGAAACUUUGAGACACAUUACAGUGCGAUGGGUUGUGGCCCAUCGCACUGAUGAUCACGUCUGAUUGAUGGUGGUAAGGGCAUGACUUUUACCUGGUGAUUUACCACUUCUUGAGGUAUAAAUAAACCUGUCCAAGGGUUGGUGAGUGGGGAGGGGGGCACCAAUGGAACAACACGCCAUGGGGCACGCUUUAAUCACAGUGUGGUUAAGUUAUGGUGUUUUCCUUUGGAGGGUAAGGGUUAAAAUAAAUUCCUGCUGAGUUGAUGCCCCUUGAUGGGAACGUAUGGACUGUAAUGAAGAUGUCACUGGGCAGUAAAGUAGGCCUGGAAAUACAGGCGUCACACUGUGGCUGGCGUUUUGAGCGAUACGUUUUUCAUUGCCAAGAUUCCUAUCUGCAUUUCAGUGUAUUGCAUUUAUUUAAUAUUCUUUUCUUCGUUUGCAUUCUUUGAAUUAUAAACCACAUUAUUUAAUUUCCUUAAACGUAGUUUUUGUUUCAAGAUUCAAUUGAAUUUGGGUUUCAUGUGUACCUUUUUAAAAAAUGUAACCGUAUAAAAAAAUCUUCAUGGUUUGGUUGUUAGGGAAAUAAAAUGAUUUGCAACUGUAGACGUUCCCUUUUGCUAAAUCAGUCACGGGGAAAAUAUUUCAGUGUCAUGUGACUUCAAUGCAGUGUAAAUCCUGACAGUUUAUAUUAACUUUCACAUUCAGUUCUUCUGUCCACUUAUCUUCACCUCUAUCUGUCCAAAGAACAAAAUGCAGCCCUUUCAAACAAAAAAGGACACCUGUGAAGAGAAAAUAAAGGACAAAUAGAAAUCAAUGUUUAGGGGUUGUCUUUUUUAUUUUUAAUUCUUGCCUCGAUUGAUUGAAAAAUAUUAUAAUCAUCGGCACGUUUUAAUUUCGCUGUGCAUGCACCAUAAAACGACAUUAGCCAAAAAUGGUCUUACUGUUUAUAUUGUGUUUGUUGGUGUGUGUGUGUGUGUGUGUGUGUGUGUGUGUGUGUGUGUGUGUGUGUGUGUGUGUGUGUGUGUGUGUGUGUGUGUGUGUGUGUGUGUGUGUGCAAUGCGAGCGCGCGCGCGUGUUGCUGCUUGCGCGUUCACGCCCGCUCGCAUGUAAAGUGUUGAGUGUGGUACGGCCCACGCGCAUCGGUCGCUAUGGAGAAGUGCUCCCGACGAGCAGCAGAGACUCAGACCGAGGAGGAGCAGGGAGCUAAAGCGCCACAGCGCACAGGGAGGAGAAACCAUGGAGAAAAGAUUGCCGCGCAACAAAACUUUGCCUUUAAACGGACCGCUACCCUUUACGAUACUUUUCAUCCUAUGCGGAAUAACAUGCGCGAGCGCUAACCAAGUGAUCGUACCCGAGAAAGUGAACGCGGUGCUGGGGAAGAACAUCACCCUGGGAUGCAAGAUAGAGGUGGGCUCCAACCUGACCCAGAGCUCCUGGGAGCGCCAUCUGCGCUCUGGCCCCAUCACGAUAGCGGUGUACAACCCCGAGUUCGGGAUCUCAAUCUCCAAGGAGUACGCCGGGCGCGUCUCCUUCCUGUCGGCCUCGGUGCACGAUGCCACCAUCAUCCUGGAGGGGGUCGGCUUCGCCGACAUCGGCUCCUACACCUGCAAAGUGUCGACGUUCCCGCUGGGCAACACGCAGGCGUCCACCACCGUCAAUGUAUUAGUGGAGCCCAAGGUGUACGUGUCGGCGGGCCCCACCCCGCUGCUGGACGGCGCCGCAGAGUCGGUGGUGGCCACGUGCGUGGCGGAGCGGGGCCGCCCGGCCGCCACCGUGUCCUGGGAGACGUCUCUGGACGGCCGCUCGGAGCCGGCCACGCAGGACGAGGCCAACGGCACCGCCACCGUCCAGGCGCACUACGUGUGGCGCCCGCAGAGCCACGCCCAGGGCCAGAGCCUCACCUGCGUGGUGCGCCACCCCGCCCUCACCACCGACUUCCGCAUCCCCUUCGCCCUCAGCGUGCAGUGUGAGUAUCCCCUGUCCUGCAUUUACAGCUACAUUCAGGGCAUUCAGCAGACGCUUUUAUCCAAAGCUACUUCAAAUAAGUCAUUAUUCAGACUCUGUUUGCCUUGGUUUUCUUACAGGAUGGAUGGCCCGAUGCCCCACGGCGUGGUGAUAUCCAACUACAGCUUUGCCUUCACCAGACCUUUAGACCGCAACGACUCUGGAGUGUACCGAUGCGAGGUGUUGAACGACAUUGGCCUGCGAAGUGAAGACGUCCACCUUUGGAUACAAGACCCUCCCUCGACCACCGCCGCCCCCACCACCGCCGCCUCCCUCCACCGCGACGAGCCCGGUAACAGCACGGCGGCGGGCAAGUGGCGGGGCCAGCUCACCUUGCCCACCCUGGCCUCGCUGCCGGACAGCAGCCUGGGCACCAUCGUGGGCGGGGCGGUGGGCGGCGUGCUGUUCCCGCUGCUGCUGGUCCUGGCCGCCGUGUGCUGCAUGCGCAAGCGCCGCACCUUCCGCGGCGACUACUACACCAAGCAGUACCUGGGGCCCUCGGACAUGCAGAAGGAGGCGCAGCUGGACGUGCUGCAGCCCCACGAGCUGCAGGAGGUGUACGGCGACAAGGGCAGCAACGGCGGCAGCAGCGGCGUGGGCGGCGGGAAGGGCAGCAGCCAGGACCUGAAGCCCAAGCCCGGGGGCGACGUCAUCUACCCCGAGUACCCCAACGAGCGCAAGGAGCACGACGACUGGGGGGUGGGCACCACAGGGCGGGCGACGGCCACAGCGACGAGCCGUACUACCCGGAGCACUACAAGAACAGCCACAACGUGCACCCCUGCGGCCCGCCAGUGCACAGCUCCACGGUGAACGGCUCCCCCUACAUGCCGGAGGACUGCUACGACAACAACGGCACGGACAGCGACUACGUGUCGCACAUGGACGGCUCGGUGAUCUCACGCCGCGAGUGGUACGUCUGAGUGGGGGGAGGAGGAGGAGGAGGAGGGGGGUGAGGGUGACGAGGGACUUGAGACUUGAGAGGGGCUUCGAACAACGUCCUGCUAGGAAACGGCAUUUCUUCUAAAAGUACGCGACGCAAUGAUCCAAGACUGCAGUGGACGUUCCAGGUGCGGUGGUCUCUGGAGGGAGGGGGUGCUCCGCCUAGGUUGUAACCACAUUACCUUAAGGACAGGUGCGGGG